AUUGCAUUAAUUUAUUAAAUUUUAUAAUUCAGCACAGAGACAAUGAGUGAAGAUAAGUCUCAAGUGAAGAUCAAGUUCUUCACCAAGGAAGAAGAUGAGACAUUAAAUGUUUCAGAUGCUCCAUUAUAUGUGCCAGCAUCAUUAAAGAGAUAUGGAUUAUCAGAAGUGGUAAAUCAUUUAUUAGGUAGAGAAGGAGAAACAGAUGAAACUAAACCAAUUCCCUUUGAUUUUCUUAUAGAUGGAGUUCUUUUAAGAACUUCUAUUCAAGAUUAUUUAACUAAAAAUGGGUUAUCUAGUGAAGCCUUUUUAAGUUUGGAAUAUACUCGAGCCGUAUUACCUCCAUCAUUUUUAGCAUCUUUUAAUAGUGAUGAUUGGAUUUCUUCUAUUGAUACUAUAAAUCCUCAAUCUAAAUCAGUAUUAUCAACAAAUAUGACCAUUACUCAAGCCAAAAUUUUAUCUGGUUCUUAUGAUGGUAUAGUAAGAACUUAUAAUAUGUCAGGUAAUGUUGAAAAACAAUAUGUUGGACAUUCAGGUCCUAUAAGAGCUGUACAAUGGAUAUCACCAACUCGUGUUGUAUCAGCCGGUAAUGAUAGACAAGUAAGAUUAUGGAAAACUUCUAAUGAUGAAGUAACUGAUAUAGAUGAUGAUGAAGUUCAAGAUGGUAAAACUUUAGCUAUUCUUGAAGGUCAUAAAGCUCCAGUAGUAUCAUUAUCAGUUGAAUAUAAAUCAAAUCGUAUUUUAUCUGCUGGGUAUGAUAAUGUUGUUGGUGUAUGGUCUACAAAUUACAAAGAAAUGACAUCUAUAAAACCAUUAGAAUAUGAUUCUAAUGUACUUUCUACUGCAUCCAAGAAAAGAAGAAAGAUGGCUGUUCAAGAUUCAACUAUCAGACGUCGUUCUCCAUUAUCCCUUUUAGAAGGUCAUUCACAACCAGUUGAAGAUGUUAUUUUUGAUAUUAAUGAUUCCACAGUAGCAUAUUCUGUAUCUCAAGAUCAUACUAUUAAAACUUGGGAUUUAGUUACUUCUCGUUGUGUGGAUACUAGAAAUACUAGAUAUUCUUUACUUUCUGUAUUACAAUUACCAAACAUUCAUUUAUUAGCAUCGGGUUCAACUGCUCGUCAUAUUAAUUUGCAUGAUCCACGUAUAAGUUCUACUACUACAGAUCAAACAUCAUCAAAAUUAGUUGGUCAUACUAAUUUUGUAGUAAGUUUAACUGCAUCACCAUCUAAUGAUUAUAUAUUUUCAUCUGCUUCUCAUGAUGGUACUGUCAAAGUAUGGGAUGUUAGAGCUGAAAAGUCAUUAUAUACUAUAACUAGAGGUGAACAAGAAUCUAAAGAAAAAUCUAAAGUAUUUGCUGUUUCUUGGGAUUCUGAUAUUGGUAUUAUAAGUGGUGGUGAAGAUAAAAAGAUUCAAAUCAAUAAAGGUUCUGAUAUUACCAAAUAAAUAGAGUAAAUAUGUACAAUACAAUAGAUAGAUAAUUUUCUAU